AUGGGGAGCAAAGGUCGCCAGCAACCUUACCUACGGCAACCCCCCAACAUGAUGAAUCCCAACCCAUUCAUCCCCGACAUCCAUCCCCCAAACGGACCCUUCUUCGACAUGCUCCCCCCCCCAGAAAUCAUGGAGCAGAAGCUCAUUAUCCAGCACAGCGAGAUGCAGAAGCUUGCACAUGAGAACCAUAGGCUUGCUUCCUCUCAUGUGACCUUGAGACAAGACCUAGCCGCCACCCAACAGGAACUUCAGAGGAUGCAGGCACAGAUCGGCCUCAUGAAGGCCGAGAAAGAGCAGAAGAUGAAAGCCCUCCAGGACGAGAUCAUGAAGAUGGAGCCCAAUCUUCAGGCAUCUGAGGGCAUUAAAGUGGAGCUGCAGCAAGCUCGUGCUGAAGCCCAGAAUCUGCUCUCUGUCAGAGAGGAGCUGAUAUCAAGAGCCCAGCAUCUGACCCAGGAUCUGCGGCGUGGUCAUGCUGACAUCCAGCAAAUUCCGGCCCUGAUGUCUGAGCUCGAGGGUCUCAGGAGAGAAUACCAUGACUACAGGUGACAAUCAACCUCCUUGGUCAACAUUGACCCAGUUGGAGAUGCUUUGAGCUUAUGUUGUUGCUCUGCCGAUGCAGGCUUACUUAUGAGCAUGAGAGGAAACUCUACAGUGACCACCUCGAGUCACUUCAGGUGAUGGAGAAGAAUUAUGUUUCUAUGCUGAGAGAGGUGGAGAAGUUGAGAACUGAGCUGGCCAAUUCCUCGAGCUCUGAUAGAAGGGCUGGUAUGGGCUUUCUUUCCUUUUUUAUUCUUUUUUCUAUCUCCAUUGUGCUCUAGUGGUUUAGUGGAAGGUCUCAUUGGUUUAGGUGAAUGCAGGUGGGCAGUAUGGGAGUAACGUGGGGUACCAGGAGAGUGAGGCACUUGCUUCAAGUGCACCUUCACAGACUGUAUCGGCCCAGCUUCUUGUGGUUCAAAAUGCUUAUGAAGAUGUUUACAAUGUUCAUCAGGUGAUCAUGAGCUUAGCGCCCUGCCCUCUUCUUGGGGUUUUUCGAUAUUGUAGAGAAAUAUGAUGUUGUCGUCAGCAUUUUAUCAUUAAAAGGCUUCUAUCAACAAUAUGGACUAACUGUUCAUCAGGCGAUCGUAGUGUCCAUCCUCGUUCUUAAAUCUUGGUCUUGUUUUCAAUUAAUAUUAUCUCAUUCUCAUUGUUAUCAUCAUCUUCAUCAUCAUCACCACCAUUGCACAUCAGAUCAGUUUAGUAAUGUAAUGUCGUCAUUAUCAUUUUAUCAUCAAAAUGCUUCUAUGAAUAUGGUUCAACUGUUCAUCCGGCGAGUUUAAUGUCCAUCACUUACUUGAAUCAUGGUGUUGUCAACUAAUUAUAGAUCAUUCUCAUCAUCAUUAUAAUCAUCAUCAUUAUCAUCAUCAUCAUCAUCACCAUCAUCAUUGCACAUCAGAUCGGCCUGUCCCUGUUGGGAUCCUCAUUAACUGACCUGAUGCUGGGCCAGCUGGAGCUAAUUCCUCCGUCUCCAGCUAUUUUUCAACCAAUUUAAUCUGAUCCACAGUCAUCUCUCGACCAAUCUUUCAGGUUCCAGUUCCUGCAACCUCCAUCUCACCUAAAUUUCUUCUUUCCCUCACUUUGAGAUGCAGGGACGAACCCCACCUGGUGGAGCAACCUCUCACGGUGACACCACCGGAGGAGCCUCACAGCCCCGAAUGGCUGGAAACUACGAUACCACCCGAGGCAGCAGUGGCGGUGGCAGCGGCGGCUAUGAUGCUUCAAGAGGCAGCAGUGCCGCCACCACUAACUACGACACUUCUAAACCCACACCAUAUGAUGCCUCUAGGCCAUCGGCAUAUGACACUGCCCACAGAGGAGCAGCUGCAGGCUAUGAAUCUGCAGCCAUGUACACCAGACCCCCCGCUGCCACUGGCACUGCCACUGGCUAUCGGGUGGCGAUGGCACAGGGUCCUGGCCGUGCAGGAGGUGACCGAGAUCAGCCCCGUGGUGGCACUUGGCAGUGA